AUGAAUCCUGCCCGGGAGGAGCGAAGAUCUUUAGGGUCUUCUUUAGACGGUUCUGUAUCUCCAGAGGGGAAAGACAGCGAAAGACUCCCCGCUAAACCCUUCCCCUUUUCGGUCACCAAUCUUCACCAACCCGGUCUGCGCGGUGUGGUUCGCUGCUGGGGAAGUGAGUAUAGCGGUGUCUGGCUGCGCUGUCUGCCCGCACUGAGUGCGUUGUCUCUGGGGAGUUCUCCAGGCUCCCCCCGCCCUCUUUGCAUGGAGCUGCUGGCUGGAUGGUUGGUGGUGGUGCUGAGGAGGUUGGUGUCUCUGAGACUUUUGGUGAAAUGGAACUGA